UGUCAGGGGCGGGUCUCAGGUUGGCGGGAGAGCCCAGCAGGGAUCUAGCGUCGAGAAGGAGGGGCAGCCUCCGGGGCUCAGGGCCCCAGGAGAGGGCGAGGGGGUGGGUGGGGGGAUUAGCUCUGCCUGAGACGCGCGUAGGGGGGGAAGGGGAGGGACUGAGAGGCGGGCGGGCCUGGAGCAAGCGGGAGCAAGCGGGAGCCGCGCUGCCUUCACAGCUAAGCUGGGCCCAGCCUCUCCCCUGCCUCUCCUCGGCCCCAGCUCCUGGCGAGCAGCGGCUUCCAUGGAACUAGCCCAAGCAACAGGCCUGAUUACCCCCAGGGGUGGGAUCAAUGAUGCCAGAUUCCCAGGGCCUGUCUGAAGAGCAUGCUGCCCCCUCACUCCCCGCCUGGCCUCGCCAUCCCUGCCCCCCCAGCCUGACCCCCGGCCCCAGCAUGGCCCAGGGUGCCAUGCGCUUCUGCUCAGAAGGCGACUGUGCCAUCUCCCCACCACGAUGCCCACGCCGGUGGCUCCCCGAAGGCCCGGUGCCCCAGAGUCCCCCGGCCAGCAUGUAUGGCAGCACAGGCUCCCUGCUACAGCGGGUGGCAGGUCCAGGUCCCCGAGGCCGGGAACUGGGACGUGUGACAGCACCCUGUACACCCCUGCGUGGCCCCCCCUCACCCCGUGUUGCUCCUUCACCCUGGGCACCCUCUUCACCCACUGGGCAGCCCCCACCAGGGGCCCAGAGCUCUGUGGUCAUAUUCCGUUUUGUGGAGAAGGCCAGUGUGAGGCCACUGAAUGGGCUACCUUCUCCUGGAGGCUUGAGUCGGAGCUGGGACCUGGGUGGGGUCUCUCCUCCCAGGCCCACCCCAGCCCUUGGGCCUGGCUCCAACCGGAAGUUGCGGCUGGAGGCAUCCACAUCAGACCCACUCCCAGCAGGAAGAGGCUCAGCCCUGCCUGGCAGCCAGGGCCUUUCACAUGGUCCACCAGGCCAACCUCAGGUUGGGGCAGAUGGCCUUUACUCCUCUCUCCCCAAUGGACUGGGGGGCCACUCUGAGCACCUGGCCACGCUAUUCCGAGGAGCUGCUGACACUGGACUCCUGAACCAGGGGGACACCUGGUUCUCCCCCCGGGAAGUCUCUUCUCAUGCCCAGAGAAUUGCUCGAGCCAAAUGGGAGUUCUUCUAUGGCUCCUUGGACCCCCCCCAGCUCAGGUAAGGUGCUAAGCCCCCAGAGCAGGCCCCCCCAUCUCCACCUGGGGUGGGCUCAGGACAGGGCUCUGGGGUGGCUGUGGGGCGAGCAGCCAAGUACUCCGAGACGGACCUGGACACAGUGCCCCUGAGGUGCUACCGCGAGACCGACAUCGAUGAGGUGCUGGCUGAGCGGGAGGAGGCUGACUCAGCCAUCGAGAGUCAGCCCAGCUCUGAGGGCCCACCUGGCACUGCCCGCCCACCUGCCCCACGUCCAAGCCCAUGCCUUGGCCCUCAUUCCAGCCUGGGCAGUGGUAAUGAGGACGAGGAUGAGGCAGGUGGGGAAGAGGAUGUGGACGACGAGGUGUUUGAGGCCUCAGAGGGGGCCCGGCCAGGCACCCGAAUGCCUCACCCUGGGCCUCUCAAAUCGCCUGUGCCCUUUCUACCUGGGACCAGCCCCUCGGCUGAUGGGCCUGACUCUUUCAGUUGUGUAUUUGAAGCCAUCUUGGAGUCACAUCGGGCCAAGGGCACCUCCUACACCAGCCUUGCCUCGCUGGAAGCCCUGGCCUCACCUGGCCCAACCCAGAGCCCCUUCUUCACCUUUGAGCUGCCUCCCCAACCCCCUGCCCCCCGGCCUGACCCACCUGCUCCUGCCCCACUUGCCCCUCUCGAUCCGGAUUCUGGUACCAGCUCUGCUGCCGAUGGGCCUUGGACACAGAGAGGGGAGGAAGAGGAGGCAGAGGCUGGAGCCAAGCAAGCCCCCGGGAGGGAGCCCCCUAGUCCCUGCCGCUCAGAGGACAGCUUUGGGCUGGGGGCAGCACCCCUGGGCAGUGAACCACCCCUGAGCCAGCUGGUGUCUGACUCAGACUCAGAGCUGGACAGCACAGAGCGGCUGGCCCUGGGAAGCACAGAUACCUUGUCCAAUGGGCAGAAAGCAGACCUGGAGGCUGCGCAGCGCCUAGCUAAGAGGCUCUACCGACUAGACGGCUUCAGGAAGGCUGACGUGGCCAGGCACCUCGGCAAGAACAAUGACUUCAGCAAACUUGUGGCUGGCGAGUACCUCAAGUUCUUUGUUUUCACGGGCAUGACUCUGGACCAAGCUCUCAGGGUGUUUCUGAAGGAGCUGGCCUUAAUGGGUGAGACCCAGGAACGGGAGCGUGUGCUGGCCCACUUCUCCCAGAGAUACUUCCAGUGCAAUCCUGGAGCCCUGUCCUCAGAGGACGGUGCGCACACGCUGACCUGCGCCCUCAUGCUACUCAACACAGAUCUCCACGGCCACAACAUCGGGAAGCGCAUGACCUGCGGAGACUUCAUCGGGAACUUGGAGGGCCUCAACGAAGGCGGCGACUUCCCCAGGGAGCUGCUCAAGGCCCUGUACAGCUCCAUCAAGAAUGAAAAGUUGCAGUGGGCCAUAGACGAGGAGGAGCUGAGACGCUCUCUGUCUGAGUUGGCCGACCCCAACCCCAAGGUCAUCAAGAGGGUCAGCGGGGGCAGUGGCAGCGGCUCCAGCCCUUUCCUGGACCUGACUCCUGAGCCUGGGGCUGCAGUCUACAAGCACGGGGCCCUGGUGCGAAAGGUGCACGCAGACCCUGACUGCAGGAAGACACCUCGGGGCAAGCGGGGCUGGAAGAGCUUCCACGGAAUCCUCAAGGGCAUGAUCCUCUACCUGCAGAAGGAGGAGUACCAGCCCGGGAAGGCGCUAUCAGAGGCAGAACUUAAGAACGCCAUCAGCAUCCACCACGCGCUGGCCACACGUGCCAGCGACUACAGCAAGAGGCCCCAUGUCUUCUAUCUACGCACAGCUGACUGGCGGGUCUUCCUCUUCCAGGCCCCGAGCCUGGAGCAGAUGCAGUCCUGGAUCACUCGCAUCAAUGUGGUGGCUGCCAUGUUCUCUGCACCCCCCUUCCCAGCUGCUGUUAGUUCCCAGAAGAAGUUCAGCCGCCCUCUGCUGCCCAGUGCUGCCACUCGCCUCUCCCAGGAGGAGCAGGUGCGGACUCACGAGGCCAAGCUGAGGGCCAUGGCAAGUGAGCUGCGGGAGCACCGGGCUGCCCAACUAGGCAAGAAGGCCCGGGGCAAGGAGGCUGAGGAGCAGCGGCACAAGGAGGCCUACCUGGAGUUUGAGAAAUCCCGCUAUGGCACAUACGCAACGCUGCUUCGGGUCAAGCUGAAGGCGGGCAGUGAAGAGCUGGAUGCGGUAGAGGCAGCACUGGCCCAGGCUGGGAGCACGGAGGAUGGACUCCCCCCACCUCAUUCCAGUCCUUCCCUGCAGCCCAACACCUCCAGCCAGCCCCGGGCUCAGUGUCAUGGCUCAGAGGCUCGGGCAGGCGCAGGCAGCGGACGGUGGAAGCCCUGAGUCAGGGGUGGGUGUGUAGGGGGGUGGUGCCCAUUGGGUACCUGCAUGACAUGGCCCCGCCUAAGCCCGGGCCGGCCUCGGGCCACCCACGAGGGCCCCUUGGCUCAGGGCCCGACCGCGCCGGACGCGGUGUCCGGGGCAGGGCAGGGCUAGGCCAUGGGCCUCGGGAGCCUAGGCUAAGGGCCCCUCUGAGAUCCCCUUUUUGUGAUAAUGUUUUGCACUUUUUCGUAUGGGGGGCUGGGGCGGGAGGGGCCAGGGCUCCUGGACUUUUGAUGCUUUUUUUCUUUUGUGGGGGAGGCCUGACCUUUCUGCUUUCUGCUGAGACCACUCCCACCCCUGACACCAGCAAUCUCCCUCCAUCCUGGGGCCUGGCUCAGACAGAGGCCAGGAGUUGGGGCUAGCUGGUUUUCCCUCCUUCCUCCCUGAGGGCUCACCCUCUCUCUUUCCAGAGGCAGAGGAAGGGUGUCCAUGCCGAGGCCCCCAUACACAGGCUGGGGGCAGCAUGGCCUUGCUUUCCCUCCUUCAGUGGGCCCUGCCCUUGUACAGCCUCCACUCCCAUUAAAACUGCUCUGGACUUGC